AUGCUCCCAACUGCGACGGCCCUAGAUCAUCCUCCUCCGAUGGCCAUGAACUUGACGGGCAGGCCAUCGGACCAUGGCGGGCAACAACUGAUACCUCCAACGGAGAAAGCUUCAGCCUUGAACUUCAAGGCAGCUCUGUUGGGCACAACGACGACUCCACUAGAGAAAAACUGUCAAUGGACCUUCAUUGGCGAUCGAGAUCUCGAAUCAUUUACUCACCAAGGCCAACCAGCUCUGAAAAUCUCACCAGCGCAGAAGGAUAGACUAUGGCACUAUGCCAACCCUGGAGGAAAAUGUUGA